UAUUUAUAGGACACAGCAGUAACGUGGCGGCCGCCAGGCAGCUCAGUGAAGGCACCAAGGGGCGGUGGAGGCCGGAGGGGGCUGCGCCGGGGCACAAAGGAGCAUCGGGGGCUGCCCUCCACCCCACGAGCCACAGAGGAUGACCCCAGAGGAGGAAGGCUCCCGAGCAGGGUCCCCAGAGCGGGUGCGUAUCUGGGUGGAGGAGCAGUCCUUCUGGGUGGAGAAGACCUUGCUGGUGGAGAGCAGUGAGUAUUUCCGCGCCCUGUUCCGCUCGGGCAUGCGGGAGAGCACGCAGGAGGAGCUGGGGCUGGGGGAGCUGAGCGCUGCCGGGUUCCUGGCCAUGCUGCGGGUGCUGGCGGGCGAGAGGCCCGUCCUGAGCGGUGAGGAGACCUUCCAGGCGGUGGAGUGCGCAGCCUUCCUGCAGGUCAAACCCUUGGCCAAGUACUUGAUCCACUCCAUCAACUCGGACAACUGCAUCCUGCUCUACCAAGCCGCCGCCAUAUUUGGGCUCCUGGACCUCUUCCACUGCGCUGCACUCUACAUCAGGGACAGCUAUGCCGAACUGGAGGAGGACCUGGACUGUUUGUCUGCUGACCUUCUGGCCUAUGUGGAGACCCUCCUGCCCAGCACCUUCGUGGCAGUGGGAGCCCACACACCCACCUUUGAGUUCCUGGAGGACCUCUCCAGGACCAUCUGCUACCUGGACGAGGAGACAAACACGUGGAGGACCCUCUCCUGCUUGCCGCUGAGUGCCAGCACGUUCCUAGCCGGCAUGGCGACCAUGGAUAAUAAGAUCUACAUUGUGGGCGGUGUCUACGGGGCCAGCAAACAGGUGGUGGAGAGCAGCUUCUGCUACGAUGCCAACGCCAACGCCUGGAGCGAGUUCCCCAGCCCUCACCAGCUACGCUACGAUGUCAGGCUGGUGGGCCACGAGGGUUAUCUCUACGCUAUCGGUGGAGAGUACGAGAAGAUCUCCCUGAAGUCCGUGGAGAGGUAUGACGUGGCCUCCAGCACCUGGACGUUCGUGUCUGACUUGCCACAGCCAAGCGCAGCUGCACCCUGUGCCCAAGCCAUGGGGCAGAUCUUUGUUUGCUUGUGGAAGCCCCUGGACACCACCGUCAUCUACGAGUAUGAGACCCAGAGAGAUGAGUGGCUUCCUGUCACUGAGCUCAAGCGACACCAGAGCUACGGGCACUGCAUGGUGGCCCACCGCGACAACCUCUACGUCAUGCGCAACGGUCCCUCCGAUGACUUCUUGCGCUGCGUCAUUGACUGCUUCAACCUGACGUCACGGCAGUGGACGGCCCUGCCUGGGCAGUUUGUGAACAGCAAAGGGGCCCUCUUCACCGCCAUCAUCAGGGGUGACACCGUCUACACCGUCAACAAGAUGCUGACGCUCCUCUACUCUGUGGAGGAGGAGACCUGGAGGUUCAAGAAGGAGCGGGCAGGUUUCCCACGCAGUGGUUCCCUGCAGACCUUCCUCCUGCGGCUGCCGAGGCGAGAUCAUGAUGUCGCGACAUAGAAUCAUUUUGGUUGGAAGAGACCCUCAAGAUCAUCCAAUCCAGCCAACACAGGUGGUUCCUGUCCCAUGUUGGGAUGUCCUCCUUGCGCAUGGCCUCGGCUCUGCACCCACUGCUCCUCUGGGCUCCGCUCCUCCUCCCCAGAGCCAUGCCCAGGUCUGGGGACAUGUCCUGUUGGACCUUGGAGGUGACACUAGACCCUGCAAAGGCUGCAGGCAGCUGCUGCCUGCCCCUGCCUGCACCGUGUGAUGUCCUACCAGACACAGCCUCGUCAGCCAACCUCACGCAGAGCUUUGUGGCUUCUGCAGAGGACAGAUACCAAAGAGACACAAACAUGGGUUAUAUUUACUCUGCCUGCACUCUGAAGGUGCGCAGCAUCCCACCUCCUCUCUGCUCCAAUGGAAAAUUGUUAUUAUACCCUGGAAUUAAAAAGAAAGCUAUAGAAAA